AACCCGCUGUCAAACGAAAAGCCCGAAAGCUCGCAGCGCGCUGCAAAUUGCACCCAAAACGUAAACAGAUAAAUUUCUUGUCCGGAAAAAUGUUUCCCACCCUGCUGUAUGGCCGCUGUGUGCGCUUGAAUUGGAAAUCGGUUGUGUUUUUAAUGAUGUCGCUAAUCCUGUCACACAUUCGCAUCACCCAGUCGUCCGUUAAUUCCAACAAUCCUGAGGUUACUCCCACCAAGCUCGAAAAAAUCAGCUCCGACACGGACCGAUCGGCUGUAACCAUCAACUCGAGUUCGAAAUCAUCCUCCGACACUAGCCACUGCCCGAACGAUACGCUCUGCACCGAUCUGCCCAACUCCUGCCUGCAGUGCACGUACAACCCGCAGUGUGUGUACGGGGCGGAGAUUAACGUGACCUGCGUGCCGAAAACGAACGUGCUGUGUCACGCGGACCGGCUGAAGACGGCGGCCCAGAACGAGAUCAGGCGCACGAUGGUGUGCCGGUACUGCUACCAGACGGAGCGCUGGGAGCACGGCUGCGAGCAGAAGGGUGGCUGCAACUCGAUCGACUCGCAGUACAAAACCAACUGCACCGUGCACCCGGAGCUGCUGUGCAUGGGCCAUCGCACCUUCAUGAAGAAGAUCCCGUGCAACUGGACGCAGGGCUACCGGUGGUCGACCACACUCAUCCUGAGCAUCACGAUCGGCGGGUUCGGGGCGGACCGGUUCUUCCUCGGCCACUGGCAGGAGGGCAUCGGGAAGCUGUUCAGCUUCGGCGGGUUGGGCGUGUGGACGCUGAUCGAUGUGCUGCUCAUCUCGCUGCACUAUCUCGGCCCGGCCGAUGGUUCACUGUACAUCUGAGCGAAUAGUAGCAGCAGCAGCAGCACCAGAAGCAACCAGUAGAAGCAAUAAUUGUGAUACAGCAGUGGCGUUAGUAUUAAACACAUAACCACGCGAAGGAAGGAUUAAAAUUUUACGAUUUUUUUAUUGAUUUUUUCUGGGUUUUACAAGUUUCGACAUUGUUUCCGUGUCUUCUGCUCCAAAACACGCUCCCUCUCUCUCGCUUCGCUUCUUCGCAGCUUUACACGUUCCAGACCGAGUGUGUGCCGCGGCCACGGCUUCGAACAAUCCGUACAGAGGCGCGCGCGCGUGUGUGUGUGUGGUACACGGUGGCAUCACUUCCCGCCAAGGAAACCAGUUGUUCCCAGUGGGGGGACUAGAGGAUACACACCAGCCAGUACACACACACACACACACACACCACGAUGCACACGGUCUGCUCCAGGCCGCGAGUCCGCACGCACGCACGUGGUCCAAUGAAACGUAAUCGUCAUCUUGCGCGAUGUUUAAUGCAUUUUAGAAGAUGUUGUUAAAUGACGUUCAAAAGAAAAUGUUGAUGUGUUGUUUAAACACAAUCGCCUCUCGGGUUCUUUUUUCUGUUGUUCCUUUCUCUCUCCUAGCUAGCUUUCGGGGUCACAUUUGAUGUUGAAUCUGUCUCUCUCUCUGGACUGAAUCUUAGUCCCUCCGUGGGUUGUGUUCCUCCACUACCGCUUGCCGUAUAUGUGUAUGCUGUGUCGCUGUUGUUUUCUCUUUAGAGUUAUGUUGUAUCAAUCGUUCACACUACUGUUUUCAUUGCUUAAACAUUAAUAAUGCGCUUCUUGCGUUUCAUUUCAUAUUUUUAAGAGGAUGCGUUGCGUCCAUAUAGCUUGUAUGUGUAUUUGUUGUUUUGCUUCAUCGAUUGGGUAGCGCUCGUAUUUGUUUCUUUGCAUACCGAUUUUUUAACUCCACCACCUGCGCGCGUCUCGUUCUAAAACAACAACCGGGUGGAUUUUGUUAGCUGUGUUCUUCUACAGUUCGCGUUCAACAUACUACAUUGCAUAUUGUUUUAUAUGUUUUACAUGCUGUUUUUUAUGAAUAUUCCAUAGUACUUUGCUGUUCUUGUGUUAUCAUUAAAUGUAUGCUGUUCUUCACUAGAUCUUUCUCUUCUUAUCUUUCUUGUUGUUGCGGGUACUUGUCGCACACAGGCAAACUGGCCCCUUUCCUUCCUUCCUUUGCUUGGCAUAUUAAAGUCCAAUCCUUGUCCAUUACUACCUUGUUGCAUUUUCUUACUUCUUUCUUUUUCUCGCUCCUUUUAUUACACCUCUAGUACAGGUAUUGUUCUUCUAUGUAUGUGUGUUUGUUUGCUUGGGGUUUCCUUAUUUAAUGUUGGAGUUUGCUUGCUUAUUUAUUUCUUCAUUAUUUUUUGAAAUAUAGUAGAGUUGUUUUGUUUUGCAUUUUGUUGUAUGCAGAUUUUCUUGCUUUCCUCUCUUCCUUGUCUUCUCUCUCCGUGUUGCUUCGUUUGUUAUUUGCUUAUGUUGUUUAACUCUUGUUAUCGGUUAACUAAAUAUAUGUGUAUGUUGUAUGUUCCUUUUUUUCUUAGUUUCAUUUCUGUUUCAAAUUGAUAGUUUAAUAUAAAGAAGAGGGUGGAAAACGCACACACACACACACUCGCACACUUUCUGGUGGCAAACCGAUGUUUUGUGUUUAAUGCUACACAGAAUGCUGCGCGCUGUGUGCCUGCGUGAGAAUCUAUUGUAAUGCAAUCGUUUAAAUGUGUGUUACUGUUUUUUUCUCUGUUAUUUCAAAUUCAAAUAAUACCACACGCUUCUUUUUCGGCUUUUCACACUCCUUUUGCUUUCUAAGAGUGACAGCAGCUCAAGCAGUGGGUUUUUUUUCUUUUUAAUAGAGUUGUUAUACACUGCUUUCAAUUUCACUCCUCUUUUCCUCUAAUACCAGCGCUCGCUUACAGACAAUAAAUGUGUAUUUUGGUUGUAUGAAUAACUUGCAAUCCUUGUUAUUUGUGUGUGUUUUUUUUUUUCUUACUAAAUUUCUUCUGUAUGCCCAUUUCUCGGUCUUGAACUUUCACACAUGCACAUAAUUCAUCAAAAUCGAGGAAAUGGUAAAACACAGGAAAAACACAAACCUUAUCUAGUUUCUAAUAAAAUUUGCCUCACGCGCAUGAGUUCCCAGUGUACCUGAGAGGAGAACGAAGAAAAGGGCUCCCCGACUGUUCGACUUGCUGUUCCAUGCGCCAACGGAACUACUCACGUAUAUGCGGGCGCUCGGUUUGGGGCUCGGUUGAUAUUGGACCUCAAAAAUCCCCAAAACCAGGAGCGCACAGGUACCACCAUCACACAACACGCGAUACGAUCGAAAGACCCCGAUCGAAUGCUAAAAAUAUCCUCUCGCCGUUCCACGACGCACGGCCACACACGCAAGCUAUGGGGGGGGUUUCGAGCAAUGGCUGUCUAUUUUCGAACCGAGAACGAGCGCGCGCGCGCUCUCAUGCUCGCGCCGCCUACUGUUCCUUCGAAUAGAAAUGCCUGAUUAGCCACGUUUGUUCAGAGUCUCAAUACCAGCCGGGAGACGGCAGCAACAGUAGCCCUAUCAUCAUCCCUCACGAUACACCGUCGAAUAUGAUAGAUGCGCGUGAGACAGCAUACAGAGGGCUAUGUGUGUAUGUGUAUGCAGUGCGCUAUUAUAAUAAAACAAACAAACACUACAAACUGAUUUUAAAAGCAAUAGAAUCCAAUUAAACACCUUUUUCUUUGUACGAUCUUAAGCUUAAGGUAAGGAUGUAGCGCUAUCUAAAAAUGGUUUCAAAGCCGGGCCCGGAUUGCUGGGGGGGGGGAGG